AUGGCCUACUGGUCGCAUCCCCAUGAUCUGUUUCUUCCUGUAGAGGUGCCGCCGCAUAUGCUGAACGACUGGAGAAGGGUGAUGGACUGGAUGAAACAGAACGGCCUCGGGCUACAGGCGGCUCGCAGCGGCGGACAGAUGUCCGAGUUCCUCCUCACGGCGGUGCGGUCCCAGGUCGCCACAGCCAGUGUGGGUGACCUGGGUAUGGUGGGAAGCUCAGGUUCUAAGCGCCCCAUCACUGCCUCAAGCAGGCAAUGGAGGCGCCAGCGGUGGAAAGAAUUCCUCAGCUCCGUGAUUGUUGGGUCAGCAGAGAUGAUGCUUCCAACGGCGGGAAAAAGGCUACGGCUAUUUCGCCUAGAACAACAAAAGGACAAUGCGACCAGCGUGUCCGACUUCUUUUCAGACCUCUACAAAUGGACCGAGGAGCAAGAGAAGGAAGAGAAGCGGCGGGAGAUCCGUAAGACGGCCAGCAAAGUGGGCGUGAGCGAGGCUCAAAAGCUACUGGCCAAGUCCCACGGCUCCAACGGCGGCUCCAACGGCUCCAAUGGCGUGCCCGUGCGCAACGGCACCGCGGAGCUGGGCACGGGGUCCGAGCCCACGGAUCCCAUCCGCCGCGAUGGCACGGCCAUGGCGCAGUACUACAGCGACUGGGACCAAUAUGAGCCCGAUGCUGAAGUGGACAAAAUCGAGGACGAGGCAUUUCAACAGCAGAGAGCAGAACGGGAGGCUCGCCAGGCGGAGAAAGAUCGGAUCCUGGAUGAGAUGGCCCUGAAACCCAACGGUGACCGCAGCCGAACGUCAGCCGCCAGACCCAGGGUGAAGGUGUCAGUGCGCCGUAGUGGCCGAAAAGUGGCACCUGUGGAUCUGGCAGCCCCACGCAAGGAUGAGGCCAACCGCCUCUUUGGCGCGGGGAGAUAUCGCGAGGCGAUCGCUUCCUACACCGCUGCCCUGGAUUGCCUGGAGAAGUACGAGCCACCGGACGAGCCAAGCGAUCAGGCAAAGGGGGAGAAUGGUGGUGUCGGGCCUGAUCAUGACAGUCCUGGGCAAGAACAGGAAGCGAUUGCCUUAAAGGUGGCGUUGUUGGCCAAUCGCGCACUGGCGUGCUUCAAGUUGGAGGACUGGCGUGAAUGUGUGGUCGAUGCCUCCGAGGCGCUACGUUUCGAACCAAACCAUCACAAGGCCACCCUACGGCGCGGCUUUGCCCUGGCGCGAAUGAAGCGCUGGGCUGCGGCCGCCAAAGACCUAGACCUGGCCGUCAGCCUAGAUCCAGCCGACAAGAAGGCUGUGGCUGAGCUGCAGAUGGCUCGGCGGAUGCUGGCGGAGCAAGCGAAGGAAGCUCGUGCUCAUGCGAAAUGCGUGAUGUGCGACCCGACGCGCUAUCCCACGAUGCCCACCCGAAAGUUAACGGUGAAGGUGCGUCGCGCCGGUGACCCGCUGCCGUCCACCAAGCCUGCCAUAGAGGAGGUUCCGGAAAGCAGUGCCAGGCCUUCGGCUCCACGGACAUACGUGCCGCGGAGCGCAGGGCUGCGAGCAACACAGGAGGUGGAGGUCGCAACAGCAAUGGCGCCCGCUCCUGGCCCGAGUCAAAUCUUCUCGCUGGAGGGCUGCGAUUGA